GGAGGGUCCGAACGAAGAAGCCCGCGCGCUACGCGCUUGAUCCCACAACUGCCGGCGUGGAUUUCGGUGUCAGAGCCCCCACAUCGGCGAACCGGCAAGCGCGUUCAUUGACUCCCCCCCUCCCCCCCUCGCCUUUUCGUUCCGUAGUACACAUCGGAUCUGUGUCGCUCGCGCUCUCAGGUUGUCGAACAUCCACCCAUUGUCUGUAGCGCGCGAAAGAAGAGCGGCGUACGAGACGGCGGCCCGUCGUCCAUCGCCUUCACACUACACCGUGAUAGGAGCACCCGUCGUCUUCCCACGUGCGUUUAUUGCUGGGAACCCGUAGCCGUUCCCCGCCGUAUGUCCUCAUAACCAGUGGCCAGACGUCGGUUGACGGACCUCCCCUCCUGUUGCACUGACGCAGUGCGGAGGCGAGACGUGGUAUCCUCUUGCGACGGGGAAGUGUUGUACCGUGCCCGAAGACAAAAGGAGAACCGAGGCGUCGCCGGCUGCACUCUUUCCCGCCCGCUCGCAGUCUCCUCGUCGACUCGUCCGAGCAUCGACUCAUCCCGACGAGUUUCGUAUUUCGCGCCAGCCGAAAAGCCCGCGCAAAGGAUGGCUGCCAGACCACGAGGGAUCGUGCCAAGCGUGGUGCCGACGCUUUUGCUGCUUUCGUUAACGCUGCUGUCGCACCUGGCAUCGACGGAAAUCAACACUAUCGAUCAUCGACCCAGUCGUUUUCAGGCGCAGAUAGCGCACCACACCGAGCUUCCGUACAUCCGGGACCCGCCGGAGCCUUCGAACGUCGUCGAUGGACCACUUCCUGAUGAAUACGAAGUACCGGAGGUAUCGUCUAUCGAUGGUGGCGACACAGCAUCGACUACCGAAAGCGACACCAACGACGAGCCCAAUGAGAUCCACGCGGCGGACGGAUUAGAUGUGCACGGUGAAGUCCUGUCCCUAAGACCUCAGAACGACGCAGGUUUGGCUCCCCACGCUAUGGUGGUGCCUAACUCUCAUAGGCCGGCGCCCGUGUCGCCGUAUGAUAGGCCGUACCUGCCUGUACAGUACAACCCCUUGCACAGCGAUUACAGGCAACCUCGGCGACCCUUUUCUUUUGUGAGGAGCUUCCGGUGCACCUUCGAGGGCCAUGCGUGUGGCAUGCGGAACCAAAAGAACAUCGGAGCGCACUUCAAGCUCGUCUCCGACAGCAUCGCCGGCAGAAAGGGACGCUAUAUGGCGGUGGACUCUCAGCUGGUUCCGGCCGGUGUGUCGCGGCUGAUCACUCCCUACCUUCCGGGAUUCCCGAACUCCAUGGUAUGCCUCCAGAUGAUGUACAUUGUGAACGGUCCGGGCGCCGAGCGCAUCCAGGUCGUGGCCCAAGACAUGGGCAAUCGGCCGCUUUUCUCCCUGGAGCGACGCACGGACUUCGUCUGGAAGAAUUUCGCCAUCAACAUGACCGUGCACCAGGACGUGCGGUUCUUCAUUGAAGCCUACACGAACGGAAGGCCUGGUUUGAUUGCCAUCGACGAUUUCACGUACAGUUUUGACCCGUGCCGCUGAAUCCUCAAAUUCCUGCAAUGCGAUCGUCUCACCUAGAUUCCACGUGGGAGCCUGGGGAUUCGAGUGACGGCCGAUACGAUCUUUGCUCGACCCCCGUUUUCCCGAAGCAACGCGGAGGCCCCGUCUUCAUCUAACUCAUUUCUUUUUCACGUGGUACUGUUUUGUUUCGUUUUGUAAAUAUACUAAAAGCCCUGUGUAUAUAAUAAAGUUCACCGUUUCCGGCCUCCA